AUGGUUGAGGUGGGAGAGGAAGGCUGGAAGAAUGAGACCAGCAGGGAAGUAUUGCUGCCCACACAGGUUGCUGGGAAUGUCCACCCAGAAUGUGAUUUUAUGACAGAGCUGAAGAAAAAGGAGGCUGAAUGUCUAGAGGACCCAGAAGAGCAUGGAAAUGCAACACCAGCAGGUUGCAAGAGAGCUUGGGACAAAUUACUGUGCUGGCCAGAGGCAGAUACUGGAGACACUCUUGCCUUACCAUGUCCAAACAUCCUUUUUCACUUCAUGAAGGAGCCAGCUGGGAUAGUAAAAAGGAACUGCACAAAGAAAGGCUGGUCUGACCCAUUCCCUCCCUAUCAUAUUGCUUGUCCAGUAGAAGAUGAGAUUCCACUUGACGAAAAAUCCUACUUUUCUACUAUAAAGAUCAUCUACACUGUAGGGUACAGUGUAUCGAUCACCUCACUCAUUAUUGCCGUGACAGUUCUUAUUGCAUUCAGGAGGCUUCGCUGUCCCAGAAACUAUAUCCAUGUACAGCUCUUUUUUACUUUUAUCUUGAAAGCUAUUGCCAUCUUCAUUAAGGAUGCUGUCCUUUUCCAAGAGGAAGACAUUGAUCAUUGCAGCUUCUCUACAACUGAAUGCAAGAUCUCAGUUGUUUUCUGUCACUACUUCAUGAUGACCAAUUUCAUGUGGCUGCUAGUAGAGGCUCUUUACCUAAACUGUCUACUACUCUCAUCCCUUUCUCAUGGAAGAAGAUAUUUUUGGUGGCUUGUUCUCUUUGGUUGGGGUUUUCCAAUGCUUUUCACCCUUAUAUGGAUAUUAGCAAAAUUCUACUUUGAAGACACAGCAUGCUGGGAUAUUAAUCAAGGGUCUCCUUACUGGUGGUUAAUCAAAGGACCUAUUAUAAUUUCUGUUGGGGUCAAUUUUGUCCUAUUUAUUAACAUCAUCAGAAUUUUGCUGAAAAAACUAGACCCUAGACAAAUCAACUUCAAUAACUCUUCUCAGUACAGACGUCUCUCAAGGUCAACUCUGCUUCUAAUUCCAUUAUUUGGAACCCAUUAUAUUGUCUUCAACUUUCUUCCGGAAUACACCAGCCCGGGGGUUCGGCUUUACUUAGAGCUCUGCUUUGGAUCUUUUCAGGGGUUUAUUGUAGCAGUUCUUUACUGUUUCCUGAACCAAGAGUCUACUCCCAAGCAGUAUUUGACCACAAAAUCGCAUUCCUCUUUCCUUUUGAGGUGCAAACGGAAAUUGGACGGAGGUGGCAUGGUAACAAAUAUGGACUUAUGCCAGUGUGGAGAAGGACAAGAUGGACUGUGCCAUCCAGUUCUGCAGUAA